AUGGCUUGGGGCUGGGAACAAUCCGAUGACGCUCACCGUCAGGUUUACGGCCGUGAGGAGGAGCCACAGCAUCACGAGGCUAAGUUCUCUCACGAGCUGAUCGCCGGUGCCGCUUCUUUCGCCGGUAUGAAGGCUUGGGAGGACCACCAGCGCAAGGAGGGCAAGACCGUCAAGCACGCUUUCGCUAAGGAGGCCCUCGCUGGUCUCGUCGGCGCUGAGGUCGACAAGCUCGUUGAGUCCAAGGGUAUGGACGAGGUCGACAAGAUCAAGGCCCACCACCACGCUAAGCAGAACGCCGAGAAGAUGUACGAGGAGCACUACGAGAGCCGCGGUGGUGAGGAGUGGCACCAGGGCUACGAGCGCCACGAGCGCUUCGAGCGCUUCGGUCCCCCCGGUGGUGGCCGGUUCGAUGGUCCCCCUGGUGGCCGCUUUGACGGUCCUCCCGGUGGUCGCUUCGACGGUCCCCCUGGCGGCCGUUUCGAUGGUCCCCCCCGGUGGCCGCUUCGAUGGCCCUCCCCAGGGCCGCUGGUAAAUGCGAGUCCGUGCUGGCACAAUGGACGAUGA